AUGGAGACAGUUAGUGGACAAGGAAUCAGCAUCGCUAUCGAUAGAGGGGGCACAUUCACAGAUUGUGUGGGCAACCCAGGAACAGGGAGAUUGGAGGAUGACAUCGUGAUAAAAUUGCUGUCAGAAGAUCCAAAUAACUACGAUGACGCACCUCUCGAAGGGAUUAGGCGCCUCCUCUCCAAGUUCACUGGCCGCGAGAUUCCUCGUGGGGAGCCCAUUGACACAUCACUCAUCCGAAGCAUUCGAAUGGGAACCACAGUGGCAACGAACGCCUUGCUUGAGCGCAAAGGUGAAAAAAUCGCUCUUGUGGUCAGCAAGGGCUUCCGAGACUGUUUACAGAUCGGAAACCAAUCGCGGCCUCGCAUAUUCGACUUGGCUAUCAAGCGGCCUGAUGUGCUUUACGAGGAAGUUGUAGAGAUUGAUGAGCGAGUGACACUUGAAGACUAUGCAGAGGAUCCAGAGCGAAGGAUAACGGAAACUUCUAUGCGCGAAUCUGCCAAAGCAGACGCCGAAGUUGUGCGUGGUCUCUCGUCUGAAGCUGUUCGCAUCCUCAAAAGACCAGACCAGCAGGUAGUGAGGUCACAGCUCCAGCAGGUCUUCGACCGCGGGAUCCGGAGUAUUGCUGUAUGUCUUAUGCAUGGCUACACGUUCCCUGACCAUGAGGCGUUGAUUGGGCGACUGGCCAAGGAGAUUGGGUUUCGUCAUGUGAGCCUCAGCCAUGAGCUCAUGCCCAUGAUCAAGCUGAUCCCGAGAGCAACAUCUGCUUGUGCAGACGCGUAUUUGACACCAACUAUCAAGAGAUACAUUUCUGGCUUCCAAGCCGGCUUUAACAGUGGUCUGGGAAGCGAGAGUGUCAAGAACGAAGCUGGUUCUCGUGGAGCACGGUGCGAGUUUAUGCAGUCAGAUGGUGGUCUAGUGGACGUUGAUCAGUUUUCUGGCCUCCGGGCAAUUCUGUCAGGCCCGGCUGGAGGAGUCGUAGGAUACGCCUUGACUUCCUACGAUCCUGUUUCGAAGAUUCCCGUGAUUGGGUUCGAUAUGGGUGGAACGAGCACCGAUGUCAGCCGAUAUGGCUCAGGCCGCUACGAACACGUCUUCGAGACCACAACGGCCGGAGUCACGAUUCAAUCUCCUCAGCUGGAUAUCAACACAGUUGCCGCAGGUGGUGGCUCAAGACUAUUCUUCCGCAACGGGUUAUUUGUCGUGGGUCCAGAGUCAGCUGGCGCUCACCCGGGGCCCGCCUGCUAUCGCAAGGAUGGGCCUUUGACUGUCACAGAUGCGAAUCUUUUUCUCGGCAGGAUCGUUCCCGAUUUCUUCCCCAAGAUUUUCGGGCCUCAUGAAGACCAGGGUCUCGAUGAUCAAGCGAGCAAACAACUUUUCGAGCAACUAACGGAGGAGAUCAAUCAAGAGUUAGCUAAGGGCGACCAGAGCAAGACCAUGACUCCCGAUGAGGUUGCAUUCGGCUUUAUAAAAGUCGCUAAUGAGGCUAUGACACGGCCCAUUCGAUCAUUGACUGAGGCUAAAGGCCACGACACCUCCAAGCAUCGACUGGCUACCUUCGGAGGUGCUGGUGGUCAGCAUGCAGUGGCUAUCGCCGAAAGUCUCGGUAUUCGGCAAAUUCUUAUUCAUCGGUAUUCGUCUGUGCUGUCUGCAUACGGGAUGGCACUGGCCGAUGUUGUCGAUGAAACACAAGAGCCCGAAUCAAAGACCUGGAGCGACGACUCGAGCAUCCGGGAUCAGCUUGCGCAGAGAUUGGGCGAAUUGAAAAAGCGAUCCACCAAGAGAUUGAAGGAUCAAGGCUUUGACGAUAAAUCCAUUGUUUUCGAGGAAUAUUUGAACAUGCGGUACCGUGGUACAGAGUCGUCCCUCAUGAUUCUCAAGCCCAGCAACGAAGACGCAAACGAAGAAUUUGAGGGCGACCAGUGGGCUUUUGGCAAAGCAUUCAUCAAGCAGCACGAGCAGGAAUUUGGGUUCACUCUACCGGAUCGGGAUAUCAUCGUGGAUGACGUUCGGAUACGAGGCAUUGGAAAGAGCUUCGAGCAAUCCGAGAAGACAGUUGAUCAACAGCUGCAGGAAAUAGCACCCAAAGAUGUGUCUGGAAAGGAGUUCCGCACGACGCGGGUCUAUUUCGAAGGUGGCCGACAUGAGACUCCAAUCUACCGGCUCGACGAUUUGGAAAUCAACGACCGAAUUAAAGGACCAGCUAUUCUUGCCGAUGACACCCAGACAAUUGUGGUACCUCCCGGAGCUUCUGCUCUCGUUCUCAAAACUCAUGUAGUCAUCAACGUUGGAGAACCAGAUGCGACGGGCCCGCAGAUCAAGACUGACACUGUUGACCCUAUACUGCUCAGUGUCUUCUCGCAUCGCUUCAUGGCUAUUGCCGAACAAAUGGGCCGUGCACUUCAAAAGACAAGCGUCAGCACCAAUGUCAAAGAGCGGCUCGACUACUCGUGUGCAUUGUUCGACCCAGAGGGCGGAUUGGUCGCGAAUGCACCUCACCUACCAGUCCAUCUUGGCAGUAUGUCUACUUGUGUGCGUAUGCAAGCAGAGAUUUGGCGUGGUAAACUCAAGCCUGGUGACGUGAUUGUAUCUAAUCACCCAGAAUUCGGGGGGACUCAUCUGCCUGAUAUUACGGUGAUACAGCCAGCGUUCAAUCAGGGCAAGAUUAUUUUCUAUGUUGCUUCAAGAGCGCAUCAUGCCGACAUUGGCGGUAUUCUGCCGGGGUCUAUGCCGCCGCAUUCGAAAGAACUGUAUCAAGAAGGUGCUGCUAUAAAGAGUGAAAAGUUGGUUUCAGAAGGCAAAUUCAACGAGCAGCGCAUCACGGAACUAUUGUACAAAGAGCCCGCGCAGUAUCCUAACUGCAGCGGUACCCGCUGUCUGGCGGACAACCUAAAUGACCUUAAGGCCCAGAUAGCCGCCAACAAGAAGGGAAUCAACUUGAUCAACACGCUGAUUGAGGAAUAUGGAGAGGAAGUAGUGCUGUUUUACAUGCGUCAAAUUCAGGACAAUGCUGAGCUCAGCGUGCGCAAUUUAUUGAAAGAAGUCAGCGAGAGGUUUUCAGGCCAAAAUUUGAGCGCCGUGGAUUACAUGGACGAUGGAACCCCGAUCCAGUUGAAGAUUUCCAUCGAUGCCGAUAAGGGGGAGGCCGUGUUUGAUUUCCAGGGCACUGGACCUGAGGUCUAUGGUAAGAGCGUUUCGGAAAUGACAGCCGAUCAUCGCAGCACCAUGCUUACUCUUCAUGUUCAAGGAAACACCAAUGCCCCUGAGGCAGUCACGUAUUCUGCGAUUAUAUACUGCUUGCGAUGUCUCAUAUCCGCCGAAAUCCCUCUGAAUCAGGGUUGUCUCAAGCCAAUCACUGUCCGUAUACCACCAAAGAGUCUACUAUCCCCUUCCGAAACGGCAGCGGUCGUAGGAGGCAACGUUUUGACUAGUCAACGAGUCACCGAUGUAAUUUUAAAGUGCUUCGAGGCAUGUGCUGCCUCUCAGGGCGACACCAACAACCUCACCUUUGGGUUCGGAGGCAAUGUUCAAGGAGAGACCGAGACCAAAGGAUUCGGAUACUACGAGACAAUAGCUGGUGGCAGCGGAGCAGGCAAGGACUGGGAAGGGACCUCUGGAGUGCACACACAUAUGACCAAUACCCGAAUCACCGACGCCGAGGUGUUUGAGCGAAGGUAUCCCGUCCUCCUCCGCGAGUUCAGCCUCCGACCAGGCUCUGGAGGCGCGGGCCAGCACCGCGGCGGUGACGGGGUCGUCCGGGACAUUGAAUUCCGCGUCCCAGUUCAUGUCUCGAUUCUGUCUGAGCGCCGUGUUUAUCAUCCGUACGGACUUGCGGGUGGCGAGGACGGCCAAUGUGGUCAGAACCUCUGGGUACGGCGAGUCAAGAAGUCAGAUGGAGACAUGGAAGAAAGGACGAUCAGUCUUGGAGGGAAGAAUUCUGUCCAGAUGCAGCCAGGCGAGCGCAUCAUUAUCCGAACCCCAGGUGGAGGUGGCUGGGGUCGAGCAGGAGAUGAACACCAGCUUGCUCACGAGGUUGAUGCUCGUCAUGCCUGGCGAGGAGGCUCCCUUGCUACCCACUUAGCGACGCAAGAAGCGAGCAUGUGA